GUCAUCAUGGAGAUCCCAAAUAACCCGGAUUAUGGGGAGGUGUAUGAAAAUAAAACUGAAGGGAUUAAGGAGGCUGUUGGCGGCCUCGUGAGCUGCACUGUGGGAUGUCCCAGUUUCAACGUCACAGUGGAGCCCACAGUGGACCCUACAGAACUCAAAACUGGAUUUUGCAGAACACACCUGGGUGACGCAGGUCUUGCUGAUCUCUACGAGGCUGUUGAAGUCGAUGAGGGGCUAACCUGCGUGACCGCCUGCAACCCAAGACAUACGAGUAGUAAAACGUGCUACAACAAGGGAGUGUGUCGAGUGUUUGAAGCCACCGGACCUCUCUGCGAGUGUGUCGACCCGUCCUCCACCUGGUACCUGGGCAGUGACUGCAGCCUGCCCAUAAAGACGACGACUUUCUACGCCGGGCUGAGUGUGACCCUGGCUGCUCUGGGGGCGCUGAUUGGAGUCCUGAUGGCAUUCACACUCAAGAACAAACGCACACAGAAGAAGAAGAAAGACCUUAAAGAGAAGCUGGUGAACGAGUGCCUGAACGAGGACUUUGAGUGGCCAGAAUCAAAACUUUACAGCACUGAAGUUUAUAAAAACCCUACAUUCCCCCGAGACGAAGCAGCAGUCCAUGGAGAGGAGCCAGGUGUUUACAGACGACCUCCACCUGCCUACCAACCGACCCGGCCGUAUCCACAGACCGACUACAGACCGACCCGGCCGUCUCCACAGACCGACUACAGACCGACCUGGCCGUCUCCACAGACCGACUACAGACCGACCCGGCCGUCUCCACAGACCGGCUACAGACCAACCCGGCCGUCUCCACAGACCGGCUACAGACCGACCUGGCCGUCUCCACAGACCGGCUACAGACAGUCAGCGAGUCCAUUCUACUCAUCACAACCAGCUAACAGACACAACACUCAAUCUUAUAACGCAGGAUACUCACCGUCUGCAGGACGUCCGCAGAGAGUCUCAGCUAACCAGCCGAUGAGGAUCAACAGGCCUGACAUCAACUUGUCCUGGGACGCAUGAGCAGUGCAGUGAAAGUUAGGCUGCUUCCACACUAAUGUGUCUUUAUUCUUACAUCACAUGAAGUACCUCAGCAUCCUCAGUCCCUCAAACCCUCACCUUCACAAACUCUGCUUAACACCAGGCUUGUGUUUCAACAGUAACUACAUUUGUUACGUUUAUCUUAUUGAAAGAUCAUCUGUUUUAGUUUGAGUUUGUAGAGGUAGGAACAGAUAUUUUUAAAGAUGUAGAAACCAGUGUCCACUUCAUGAUUAGAUCUCAUGUAUCAUGGCCACUGUCUGCAUUUAAAGAUGGACGACACAUCUCUGCCUCCUCUUGCAGAAAAGUAAAGCCAAAACACCCCCUGUGACAGACAAUGAUACUUUGUGUUAGUGUUUGUUACGUUUCCUCUCAACGUUACUCCUCUACUUUGAUAAUCGAGUGCACAAAACGCUGCAGGAGCCUCAUUGGUCAACACAGCUGUCAAUCGUGAUGUCACAUCCACUUUUUUUACGUCAAAUAACUAAUUUAAACAAAACUAGUCAGAAACAUGAACACUGUGACAUAAAUCAGCAUGAUAAGAGCUAGCUUUAAUGACAGAAACUCUGUUUGAGAAACAUUUAUUUGACCUGUGUUUGGAUUUUAGAGUUUGACUCAUGGCCCAUCUGUUCACAUGGAGGAGGUGGGGCUUAAGACCCACACAGCAGCCAGCCAACAAAGGGAGCUCUAAAUGUUUUGGCUUCACUUUUGAGGAGCUCCAUGUUUUUAUACAGUCGAGACUUAUCGUUUACUGAUUGGUAACACCCCUAACAUAGGAAACAAUUCUUCAGGAAAACUAACAUGAUGUUUGACCAGCAGGGGGCAGACAGGAGCAGACAGACAUGGUUUCAGUUUUCAGAUGAAGCUGUGUUCAGAACAAACUCAAAGCCAGUUUCUGAGCUGUGGGAGUCGUUUUAUUUAUGAUGAUUUUUACAGUAUUGAUGUUAUUUGGCUGUGAUGCAUUUGAAGUUAAUAAAAGAUUCCUGACUGAA